GGCUGGCGGCCGAGCAGCGGGCGGCCGGGCAGCGCGGGCGGCCGAGCGGGCGGCGGCGGCCGCGGGGCGAGCGGCGUGCCGACCGCGGCGCUCCGAGAGCGGCGGAGGUGCGGCCCGGAGCCAUGGUGAUCAUGUCGGAGCGGAGCGCGGCCCCCGCGGGCUCGGGCCAGGGCCAGCAGAAGCCCCUCCGGGUGGGCUUCUACGACAUCGAGCGCACCCUGGGCAAGGGCAACUUCGCGGUGGUGAAGCUGGCCCGGCAUCGAGUCACCAAGACGCAGGUUGCAAUAAAAAUAAUCGACAAAACACGAUUAGAUUCAAGCAAUUUGGAGAAAAUAUAUCGUGAGGUUCAGAUCAUGAAGCUUCUGAAUCAUCCUCACAUCAUAAAGCUUUAUCAGGUUAUGGAAACGAAGGAUAUGCUUUACAUUGUCACGGAGUUCGCAAAAAAUGGAGAAAUGUUUGAUUACUUGACCUCCAACGGGCACCUGAGCGAGAGUGAAGCCCGGAAGAAGUUCUGGCAGAUCCUGUCGGCUGUGGAGUACUGCCACAGCCACCACAUCGUCCACCGGGACCUCAAGGCCGAGAACCUGCUGCUGGACGGCAACAUGGACAUCAAGCUGGCAGAUUUCGGGUUUGGGAAUUUCUACAAAUCAGGGGAGCCUCUGUCCACGUGGUGCGGGAGCCCCCCGUACGCAGCCCCGGAGGUCUUCGAGGGGAAGGAGUACGAAGGCCCCCAGCUGGACAUCUGGAGCCUGGGCGUCGUGCUGUACGUGCUCGUCUGCGGGUCCCUCCCCUUCGAUGGGCCCAGCCUGCCGGCGCUGCGGCAGCGGGUGCUGGAGGGCCGCUUCCGCAUCCCCUUCUUCAUGUCUCGAGACUGCGAGACACUGAUCCGCCGCAUGCUGGCCGUCGACCCCGCCAAGCGCAUCACCGUGGCCCAGAUCCGGCAGCACCGGUGGAUGCAGGCAGACCCGGCGCUGCUGCCGCCCGCCCACCCGGCCUUCUCCUUGCUCGGCUACGUCUCCGGCCUGGGCGACUACGACGAGCAGGCGCUGGGCAUCAUGCAGGCGCUGGGCGUGGACCGGCAGAGGACCGUGGAGUCGCUGCAGAACAGCAGCUACAACCACUUCGCCGCCAUCUAUUACCUCCUCCUGGAGCGGCUGAAGGAGCACCGGCUCGCCCAGCCGCCCGCCCGCCCCGGCCUGGCCCGGCAGCAGCGGCCCCGCAGCGCCGACCUCAGCAGGCUCGAGGUGCCUCAGGAAGGUCUCCCGGGAGAUGCUUUCCGCUCCGCCCUGCUGUGCGUGCAGCCCCAGACCUUGGGGCAGUCCGUCCUGCAGGCCGAGAUGGACUGUGACCUCCACAGCUCACUGCAGCCCUUGCUCUUCCCCGUGGACGCCGGCUGCAGCGGGGUGUGUCGGCGGCGCUCCGCCUCCCCCAGCAGCCUGCUGGACACGGCCAUCAGCGAGGAGGCCGGGCGGGGCCCGCACCUGGACGAGGAGCAGGACGUGCUGCUGCCUGGCAGCACUGGCCGGAGGCACACGCUGGCCGAGGUCUCCAGCUGCUUCUGCCCGUGCGUCCCCCCAUGUAUCGUCGUCUCACCCUCCACGGCCAGUCCUUCUGAAGGCACCAGCUCUGACAGCUGCCUGACCUCUGCGGGUGAUGGCCCGUCCAGGCUCAGUGGACAUGUGGCCGCUCAGGGGCUGCUGGGCGCCUGCUCCCCGCUCAGACUGGCCUCACCGCUUCUGGGCACCCAGUCCGCCACCCCCGUGCUGCAGACGCAGGGGGCCCUGGGAGGAGCCGCGCUGCUCCCUGUCAGCUUCCAGGAGGGCCGGAGGGCGUCGGACACCUCGCUCACCCAAGGGCUGAAAGCCUUCCGGCAGCAGCUGAGGAAGAACGCAAGGACCAAAGGCUUUCUGGGGCUAAACAAGAUCAAGGGGCUGGCUCGCCAGGUGUGCCAGCCUGCCUCCUCCAGCCGGGCCUCGAGGGGCGGCCCGAACGCCUUCCAGCUCCCCGCACAGAGCCCAGGCCUGCACGGCGGCGGGGCCAGCAGUGGGGAGGGCAGGAGCCUGCUGGAGGAGGUGCUGCACCAGCAGAGGCUGCUCCAGUUACAGCACCACCCGGCGGCCCCACCCGCCUGCCAGCUGGCGCCCCAGCCGGGCCCCGCCCCCCUGGUCCUCGGCCCCUGCGACGGCGCCCUCCUCGUGUCGGGACUGCAGAAGGAGCUGGGGCUGGGGCCCGGCCCGUCGCUGCCCCCCCACCUGCUCCAGGCCGGGGUCUCCCCGGUGGCGUCGGCUGCCCAGCUCCUGGACGCCCACCUGCACAUCGGCGGCUCUGCGGCCCCCGGCCCCGCCACCUUGGCCCCCCAGCCACGCUUCGCCGUGCUGCCCCCGGGACUGGAGCCCAUGGGGCUGCCCCAGGGGGACUGUGAGAUGGAGGACCUGACCUCGGGCCCCCUGGGCACCUUCGUCCUGGUGCAGUGAGGGGCCCGGCUGGGCUGGCUGACGUCUUGAAGCAAUAAUUUCAAAGGAUGUGAAGACGUUUCCGGACUCAAAGCCAAUAACUUUCCAGAAGCGAAACAAGCAAUAUGUUUGGUGUUUUGGCUUUUUAGUUUAUUUUUUGUUUGAUUUUUUUUUUUUUUCCCUUGCACUGAGCAACUGCAGCUCUGAGUAGAGACUGGAAGCUUUUUGAAGAAAAAUAAUAAUUCAGGGGCCUGUCGUUGGGGCGGGUGGACGGGAAGGGGGAGGAGGGCAGUGGGUGGAGUCGGCAGUGCUGUGGCUGGGGUCACGGGGGGGUCGCCAGUUGCCCCCAGGAAACCAUAAUGUGACCGUGCGUUCCCGUCGCGUGCGUGUGUGUGCGCGCGUGCGUGUGUGUGCGUGUUGAUGAGUGGUUUUUUUUUAGUUCACAAGUCUCCACUUUCUGAAACACUUAUGCUUCACUUGAAAACUGUGAACGUUCUGCUUUACGUAUCAGUUUUUGAAAAGCUCUUAUGUCCAGCCCAAGAAAAGAUGUAAGUUCUUGAAAUUUCCUCCCCUGAAAUUAGAACCCGGAGGGUAGGUUUUCUUAUUUUAGAGGAGAGGUCUGAUAAACUGCUUGGGAGUUGGUUUUCCAGGAUUCUUCAGAGAGGCUGCAAAGAGGAACCUGAGUGGGUGGCGUGACCUCGAGGUGGAUGCCACCCUGGUCACUUGGCCUGGAGCCCCAGGGCGCUUUCGAGGGAGCCGGGGAGAUUUCUUCCUCCUGCUCCUCUUCCUUCCGCUGCUAUUUCAGUUUUUAUGCAUUUCAUUAUCAGGGUCCAAAAAGAACAACUGACUCGGGGGGCGGGGGAGGGGUCGUGCAAUAUGGCAGUUCUGUGACGGUGGGACAGGGACGGGCCACCUUGUCCAGGCCCCGCGUGUGGUGGGCUUUUGUUUCAGGAAAAUGAAAUGAGAGGUCAGGUCAGUGCUGUUCAAGCUUUGUUCCUUUUUUAAAGCAAAUACUGUACAUGUGUAUACAUAGGAGACAAACAUACACUACUUAUUUUUUAUACUUUUUACUGCGUUUCUGUUCCCCUGGUUUGAACCUCCCUCUCUGGUGACGUGACAAAGCACUGGCCCCCAGGUCUGUGCGGAGGUGGGGCCUGCAGGAGGCCGACGCGGUGCGCGCCCACCUGGCAGGUGAACUCAGGCCGCUGGGCGGAGCGGGAGAACCGCUGCCCCCCACCCCUGUGGCCGGUCAGUGCCGUCCCCUACCAGCCCAGGUGCCUUGCGCUCACGUCGGCUCUCACAGCCUGCAGGGUUAGGCCCAGGGGAUGCCAUCUGUAGAAGCCAAAGACGGCCGGGUGCCCGGAGGCCGGGGAGGGGCCCGGGUCUGCGUGUGCCUGGCCCCUGCCGCCGUCCUCCCGCUGGCCCUGCCACUGCUGCUCUGUGGCUGUUUCCAGGAUCGGGCAAAGGACUGUCCUUGGAGCUGGCCACCGAGCAGCCACCCACGCCUCCCGUGACUCGAGGGGAGGUUUGGCCGGGAGAGCGCUGGAGGUCCUGGGGCGCCAGCCUUGGCCUCCACCUUCCAGAGGCACUGUCGACACGCCCCCUGCCGACCCCCGAGGCCGCCUCCCUCUUGAACGCAUCUGCCCGAACGCCAUCGAUCAAAGGCCUCAGAACCUUGACAAGCACUUUACUCACUUUACUCUCAUAGCGGUUUCCUCUCGUCGCCGUCAGGCGUGCGCGCCGCGCGCGCUGUGGGUUUCUCGGCAGCGCUGGCCCCCGGACUGAACGCGGGAGCCGGUCCCAAGGCACCGCGCCCGCUGAUGAAGAUGUACCUAGUUCGGGUUUUUUACCAUAACUGAAUUAUUUUAUUUCUUAUGUUCACAUGAGAAAUGUAUGCCAAAUGAUUAGUGGAUGUAUGUUUUUUAAUUUAAUAUUUAAAUAAAACAUUU